ACCAAGUAAGUAAGUAGUAAGAAAUACGUUUGCUGAUCAAAUAUUUUUUGUCCAGUGUUAUAUUCUGAAUAAAAUGAAUUAUAUUAACAAAUUAAUGGCAAUCGUCUUGAAAAUUGUAAAGUAAAAAAAUGAGCAAAUUUACUUGGGAACGGAUUGAUACCAAAAUGUGAAGUAUGCCCCGAUAUUAAGGACGGUCAACAACACCGUCUCUUUAACUGGACGAGAUGGAUGGAUGGAUGGAUGGAUGGCUGCAGUCACCGUCCAGCAUGACGUCAUCCGCUCCCACACAAGUAAUGAAGAGGAAAUGAGAGCUCUUUAUUAUUUAAGGCCAGAUCGCCAUCAGGGAUGAUAAAAAGACACAGUCUGCGGGGAUGAUGGCGUCUCGCUGAGCUCGGAGGAGAGGAGAGGCGGGGGAGAGGAGAGACGUCAGCAUCUGUCCGCCAGCUCCCUUUGUGUUCACCAGAGAAUGUGAAUGGCGAAAGAUGACAUGGCAGAGGUAGAUUCAGCAUCACACGGAGCGGAACCCGCCCCGGACACCCCCUCUGCGUUCACGUACGAGGAAUACGAAUGCAAAAUCUGUUACAAUUAUUUCGACCUUGACCGCCGGGCGCCGAAGAUCUUGGAGUGCUUGCACACGUUCUGCGAGGAGUGCCUCAACACGCUGCAUCUCCGCGAGGAGCGGCCAUGGCGCAUCAGCUGCCCGGUCUGUCGACACCGCACGCCAGUGCCGGAUUAUCGGAUACAAAACCUGCCCAACAACACCAAGGUGACGGAGGAUUUCCCGCUGUACAUCGACUCCGAUCCCCUGCCCCAGGACGCUUUGCCGCCGUACCCUCCCCCGCUGCACCCGGCACUCGUCGCCCUCCGUCGGGAGGAGGCGUCGGGAGCGUCCAGCGGCAGCCAAGCGACCCCCUCCACCACCGUGUCCACGGCCACCACCCUCUCCCAAGACUCGGUGCGCUAUGACAGCUGUCAGAGCUGCAAGAGGGUGGCUUUAACCACCGGCUGCGUGUGCGUUAUCUUCUCCUUCCUUUCCAUGCUCGUGUUGCUCUUCAUGGGUCUGAUCUUUGUGCACAGUCACAGCAUCCCCCCCUCCCCGGCAGGACCAAUUUGCUUGUCGGUGGCCAGCAUCCUGGCCAUGUUCUCCGUGGUGGUCACAUGGCUCAUCUGCUGGCUCAAAUACAGACCCGACCAUGAGACAGGCCGCUCAUCCACCACCGGAAACUCCCGGAGGAAUGCCUAAGCACCUUUGACUGCUCAUGAAGAGCUUGUAGAUAUUCCUGCUACCUGUUCCUUUUCUACUGAAAUCAUCCUUGAUGGCCUUCUAGUUGUAUAGCAGACACCCAAAGGCCUUUGUGGCCAACCUGAUUCUCAGUCAUGUUUCCCCUUCAAAUAUGCACUUGGAUAUGUCAUCGGCCCAACUGAAGUUGUGAUUGGUACUGAAUGUGAAGUGCUUCUAUCUUGCCUAACGUGAUGUGCAUAUUCCGCUUACCUUAGGACGACUGCCCAUGAUGAUUCACUCUCAACCUUUUGUGCAGAACAAAGUUCAGAAAUAUUCCAGACAUCGGGUGAGGUGUGGUUACAUGUUAUAAGCUCUUUAUGCACACUUUGAUUCUUCUGCAGCUUUGCAGCUUUAGUACCUGCCCCAGUACAGCAGGGGUGUCCAAAGUGCGGCCGGUGGGCCAUUUUUCGUCCCACAGCUCGUUUUUUACUGGCAUAUUAAAAAUAUGAACUGAUUAGAUAUUUCAUUACUUUGCUUUAUUAACUGUCGCUAGCAGGGGUGUCCAAAGUGUGGCGCAGGCCGCAGCUUGUUUUUGUAUUGGCAUGCUCCGCCAAAUGCUGUAUAUAAUAACUUCAAUAAGUUUCAAAUAUUAUUUUUAAAAGGCCCCAAAUACUGUACACUAUAUACGAAGUAAUACGUUUGAAACGUUAGCAUUUUGUUGAAAACAACAUCUCCCACAUUGGAUUGGUUUUAGCAUCUUUUAUGUGCAAAAUGUAUCAAAGCGGCUCCCGGCGUCCCUCAGUUUUUCUGUUGUUGGUGGAAAAAGUUUGGACACCCCCAGCCUACAGGGUGGCACCGUUUCCUUUUUCACAAUGAAAGCAGCACCUCCUGUGUUGGGUUUUGUAUUUGCUCAAGCGUAACGGGAUACACUCAGCGAUCGCUUUCACUUGGCGUUUGGCUAUCAAUGUGCACAAUCGGCUGCUGAAAGGUGGAGGGUUUUUUUUGUUUUUAAUGGAAGGGACUUGUGUCUCUGACUCUUGUGCCUCACCUUUUUGCUAACGAAGCAACCUUUUUAUUGCAAUCACGCAAACCAUGCACACUGCAAGAAAACACGUGGUUUUUACAUCGUAGCAUUUAUUAGUGAUCUGGUGUCAAGUCUCCUAACCCCACAGGGUUACGAUGCAAAUGUACGGUAGAAUACUGAAACCCUUAACGGUCAUUUCCAUCAAAAUGUUGGCUAUAUGUGAUCAAAUGCAGACUUGCACACCCUGGGAUGAAAUGGAACUGCGUUUUACAUCUGCCUGUACACUCGACUGUAAUGCAACAACGACGUCUUUGCCAGAGUGAUACCUGAUGAAGCGCUACUGCUACUCCUCGUGUAUUUGGAGCAUGUCAAUUGCCAUUCCAAAAACCUGUUUUCACCCCAAGAAGUGAAAAAUCAUUAUUGGGACACUAAAGUGUUUUAGCACAAAAAACCCAAACUUUUGGUUUGCUCAUGUCAGGGACGUGGAUGGAAAUGAAACACAGACACAAAACUUGUGAUCCCAAUCUGACUCCAAUCCUCACUUAUCCUUGUUCCAACUAAGCACUUUCUCCCUCAUCUUCAACACAAGCAAUGGGGUACAUUUCCAAAAUGACAGCGUUCUUGUAUUUAUUGUUGGCUUUAUGGGAGUAUGUUGUGUUGUUGAAGCACCCAAUGUAUUUGCACAGAGAAUUGUUCUCCAACAUAAACACAUUUCUGUAAUAAAGGACACAUGAAUAUACACGACACUGUUUGUGUGUUCGUUUCUUCAUGCACAGCUGCUCAGUGUCAGUGGGGCUUUAUUUGAUCAUGCUUGACCUGUCUCUGCUCUAGUUUUGGC